AUGGCUUCCCGACUCAGCAUUACAGACGAGUUUCUGGCACUUGCCAAGGUCGCCAAUGAGGCCAAAACCACAGUGGAGCUCGAGUUAAUGGUGGCUCCAGAGGUGUUUGAACAGAUCCUGGGAGAAAUUCGAAGCCUCGUUGGCAUUCUUUUCGAGCUUCAUUCCCGCACUGUAGAAUCUACUCUGACAGAUGUUCAAAAAGAACGAAUUCACGAAAUCCAAGCCGAUUGUCGACAUGUUUUGGCUGAUACUGAACAUGCUUUGAGCGAGCAAUCAUCAAACCUUUUCUUUGGAACGCCGUCGGAUGAACCCAACGAGGUUGCUCAAGUUCGAGAGCGCAUCACUUCUAUAAUUUAUGCACUGGAUGAAGCCAUAACGAGACCGAAUUGUGAAGUUCUAGAUUGGUUGGUGCCGAAUGAGUACAACACUAAAGUACAAUCGGACCAUAUGAGCAAACGUGCGACUGGUACAUACCAAUGGUUUCUCGAUUCACCCGACUAUGAGACAUGGACCAACAGGAAAGGAGAAAAGUUGUUCUACUACGGUGAUAUCGGUGUUGGGAAAUCUGUUCUUGCAUCGACAGUGAUCGCAUCGUUGCAAGAAAGCUAUAUACUGGCAGAUAAUGUUGCAACCUGCUAUUUCUACUGCGACAGCAUAAGAACAAAGGAGCAGUCAGUCGACCAUGUAAUCCUUGCUAUGCUCUGGCUGCUGCUGCGACGCAUGCCGACAAUGCCCCAACCCGUCUGGGAUCUAUUCAAGCGACACGAGAAGGAAUACACAAGGCCAACAUCCGACGAGGCACACGAGGCCUUCUGUUCGGUUGCGUCGUCCUUUUCGAAGGUUUUCAUCAUAAUCGAUGGCCUUGACGAUUGUCGAUUAUCAGAAGGCUGCCACAAAGACACCAUGACAGCCUUGCUCAAUUUACAAGCUCAGGCUGGGGCAAAUAUGCUUGUGACUUCACGUACAAUGCCACGCAUCACGGAAGCCAGUUCUGGCCAUCACUGGGUGGAAUUCCGUGCAUCUGAUGAAGACAUUGCACAAUUUGUAAGAGCAAGUAAGAAUCGAAUACCAAAGUCUGUGUGGUCCAAAUCCUCGUUUAAAUCCAAAAUCGUGAGAAAUACUGUUCGAGAUGCUAAUGGAGUGUUUCUCAAUGCUAAACUACAGAUAGAUUCGCUGGCGGAGACCAGAAAAAAGAAGGGUUUAACAAAGUCCCGCGGAUCCUCUGUCGACAAGGGCUCGAUCUAUAAAAAUGCAUGGCAACGGAUCAACAGCCAACGUCAUAGUCAUAAAGAACUGGCUAUCAAAACCCUGAUCUGGGUUGUUUACGCCCAAAGACCAUUGACAACCAUAGAACUCCAACACGCACUGAGUAUCCAAACUGAUGAAUCGGAAUCAUCCAAAGGUGUACCGCCGACAAUUGAAGACGUUGUGUGGAGUUGUUGUGGCUUGCUUGCCAUAGACCAAGAGCUCGAUCAAGUGCGACUUGUGCAUCACACAGCAACAGAGUACUUUAUGGCAAUGGCGGAUCAAGGAGCAAUGUGGAUCCAAAAUCCGGCAACAAUGAUUACGGAUUCAUGCUUAACCUACCUUUCAUACACCGCGUUUGAAAGCGGUGAAUGUGGAUCCGAUGUCGAAUUCCAAAAGCGGCUCGCUUCCUACCCAUUUUAUGAUUAUGCCAGUAAUUACUGGGGACACCAUGCUGUAUCCACGGCCAAUAUUGACCGGGUGAGGCUGUUUCUCAAGAAUAGCUCUUUGGUUGAAGCGUCAAGCCAAGUCCUGUUCUCAGUUCCACAAGAUCAAGAUGACCAUGGGUACAGUCAAAGAACCCCCAAAGGUUUUAGGAGUGUACACUUGAGUGCAAUCUUUGGAUUGGGUCGAUUACUAGGCUCUGACGGCCUAUGGCAAGAUGAUGACCUCGGCAUAGAUACCCCUGUUAGCGAUGGGCGUACGCUGCUAUCGUACGCUGCGGAGCAGAAUCAGAACGCCCUGGCUCAACUACUCCUCGCAAAGGGAGCCAAGUUUGACUGUCAAGACGACAACCUGGAGACACCGUUGUUACAUGCUGCAAAACAUGGACACGUAAACAUUGUCCGGCUAUUUCUCAGCCAAUGGUCUAGUUUCCAAAGCACGGAUAUUUAUCAAAACGCAGCUUUGCUGCACGCUGCCGCGCGAGGACAUGCACCUGUAGUCGAGUUGCUACUCGAGCAGUAUGGUUGCUAUGCUUCUUCUAUAGGUUGGGAAAGCAAGAGCGAUAAAAAGAGAUCACUCAGAGACGCCAAGUUUCAGGGACUUGAUGCAGUUGUACGAUUGCUUCUCAAAACAUGGGCUCGAAUGGAACUCCCAGACAAGACCAAACCCACGAUACUUUCCUACGCUAUCGAGAGUAAGCAUGAUGAUAGUGUGCAGCUUCUGUCCACCCCAGAGCAGUGGAAUACAUACAUGCUUGAUGAGUUGUCAUUUUUAGUUGUCGAAAAUCGGUCCGAAGAAAUUGUCGAACUACUCAGACGCGACUUAACCUUUUUACCAUCUGUGGAUGUUUACCUUUGGGCUAUCAACAACCAACAUCUGGAGACCAUACUGCUACUUCUUGAGCGUGGGCCAUGCGAGCGAUUUGGUGAAGUGUCAUGGGAAAAGGUUCUGCUGGCCGCCAUUGAAAACGGGGACCUGGCCCUCACCCAGGUUAUUCUCGAUUUUUCACGCCAUCUUAUCUCCUGGAGGGAUGGGUUGGGGAGAACAGUACUAUUCUAUGCGUGUGACUUUGGCGAACUGGUCAUCGUCGACGCCCUUCUUGAUAAAUAUGAUGCAGACGGGAACGCUCAAUGUACGUUGGGAAGAUCACCGCUAGUUUCGGCUGCAUACAAGGGACGUUACGAUGUGGUAAACAAUUUACUUUCUCGACAGGAAAUCAAGGUAGAAACGAUCGACCACCUUGGUCGCGGCAUACUCUCCAUUGCAUCGGAAGCAGGCAAGUCUUCACUUGUACAGAGACUACUCGAGCGGAGUGAUAUCGACCCAGAUUCUUCUGGCAAUUUGCGACGGACACCUUUGUCAUGGGCCGCAGCAGGUGGCCAUUCUCGCAUCAUUGAACAUCUCGUCAGGACUGACUUGGUCGAUGUAAACUAUGCAGAUACGGAUGGCCGAACACCUAUAUUCUGGGCAUGUCAUCAGGGGCACCAAGAAGCAGUGCUUCAGUUGCUUGAUGCAGCAUGUGACACGACGAUACGAGAUAAAAGCGGUCAAACUGCCAUGCACGCCGCUGCCAAAAAUGGAUCAGAUGCCCUAUGCAAAAUGCUUCUGGGAAAAGUUGAUCCGGAUGUUUUCGACUACAAUCAGAACACAGCUUUGAUGUUGGCCCUUGAUAAUGAACAUCACAAAGUGUUGCUGCUCGAAAAGGGAUCCAAUGUGAAUACGGCAGAUGGACAAGGUAGAAGCCUGCUUAUCCUGUCGGUCAUCCAUCAACAAGGACCAAUCCUGCGGUUGCUAAUAAAAAACAAUGCCGAUGUGACUUUGGCAGAUGGAGAUGGAUUGGGUCCACUCGAGCACGCUGUCCAGAUCAGGGAUUGCGAGUCUAUUCAUGAGCUUCUACGAGCUGGCUCAGACACAACCAUGAUCUCUGCCAGCCAAUGGUAUUCUGCUUUUUCAAAACAGAAUGACCAUUUGAUGUUGACGCAAGAGCAGGAUGGGCAAAAGACAAUCACAUUUCAUCCACCAACCAAACCGCCUGUAUGGCCCGACUCUUCGCAUGCCGAUCUGAGACGGAGGCUUUUGUAG